GCCAUGAGUCACGUCACUACGCAGUUUUUGGUGAAGAGGUCGACGAGCUGCCGAGCGGGUGAGAUAAAGAGACACUCAGUUACCGUCAAGAACUGGAGACGACCACUCGAGCUCUCCAGAGUCAAUACACCUCGUUGAUAUGAAAGGAUGUGGGCGUACUAUGAUGAUUUGGGCUGUGGUGGGCCUACUGGGGGGUGUGGUGGUGGCGGAGGAGCUGACUUGUGGGCGUGGGUGUCACUGCUGGACGGAAGUUACAUCACUGAAGCGUGAAUAUCAUGUCAUCUGCAACGAGACGACGGGACGGGAGGUGACCCUGACCGAGACAAUCUUUCCUGGCGAGAAGAAGAGCUUACUGGAAAUGACCUCAAUCAGGCUGGAGUUGUCGACGAAGGCUGUGGACAGUGAGGCCAACGUGACAGAAGGCCUCGGAGACAGAGAGGCACGAGUGACGGCAGGAUUUUUCGGGAAGUGGAGAGAAUAUUAUCAUUGCGCCUUGUACAUCCGGGGUGGUCGUCUGUUCCUGCCUGAGGUGGUUGACUCUUCCUUAGGCUUUCAACUAUCUGACAGAACAGCUGGUCUGAGUCUGGUGAACGUAGCGCUGGACGUCCUCCCGGGUGGACUUUUCAGUGGCAAGAGAGCCAAACUACAAAUCUUCAGGUCUUCUGUGGGUCGGAUAGCCGCCGGCCUCCUACGUGGUGUGAAUGAACUGCAAUACAUGGAAAUCCAAACUUCUACCGUAGGCGUGUUCGAGGGACCGCUGGGGACGACACAGCUACAAAUCGGCCAAGCACAACACCCACUGUAUGUGUACAAUACCACAAUUGGCAUCCUGUUGAAAGGGGCGUUCAGGAUAGGGUUCCCGAGGCGUGAGAACCUGGUACUGAAGGAGGUAACCAUUGGCGUGGUGUCUGAAGGCGGCUUUGACGUUUCAGGGAGCGCCAGUGUUGAAUUGAGCAAUUGUAGGGUGGCAGACCUGCGCCAACACGCCUUCAAAUUGGAAAGCCAGGGUAAAAUAGCCAUCAAUAGCAGCUGGUUGAAUCUCCGGCCCGGGGCGCUCUCUCAAUUUACCUGUGCCUUCCACGCCAACCACAUCCACUCUAACAACAUCCUGCUAUUACCUGGUAACUCUGCCUACGACUUCCCCAACACAUAUGACCAACAAGACGACCUGGAACUUCUCAACAACGACACUCUGAACUUUUUGGCUCGUGAGCGACUGAUGGAAGAGUUGGGGCAAGCUCUUCACUCCACCUGUGUGAAGGACAACCUGCCGUCUUGGCUGCCACAACUCUCCAGUACGGGGGCAUUGCCUCUCAAAAAUAACAAACGCCCGCUGCUACUCAACGGACUGUACAUCCUGGUGGGGGUGAGUGUGAUGGCCAUGUUGUUAGUGGUGCUGCUGGCGUGUCUGCUGACCCGCUCCCGCCGCCGCAUUGUCCCCACCAACAGCCCAGUGAUGGUGAUGAGCCAACUAGCUGAAGACCCCAUCUAUGAAGACGUCCCCGUCCCUUGCUCAGCUCCCCCACCCGUGCCACCACCUACCACCAUCCCCCGCUCUCACUGCAUGGACAAGAUGGGCGCCUGCAGUGCGAGGGAUAACAAAGAUGACCUCUGCGCUGCCAAAAGCAGCAUGGACAACUUCCACGUUUCCAGACCUCUCAUGAAGGCCCAGGAAAACAACUACAUGGUGAUGCGCUCAAAUGAUCGUAAGCCAUAAUGGCGCCUCAGUGACCUGGUGUGUUCCAUCACAGUUGAUCUUGCAGGCAAGACUGACUGUGGUCGCCCAACUGGGUGGCGACAGUUUUUUCCACUUGUUAACAUUUGGCCUCAGCCCUCCUGCUGUCAUCUCACUUGACUGUCAGUACUUCCUCUGUCUCUCACCUUUGGUGUAAGGACGCUUUCGUGUCCUGUGAGCCAUCCUGUCUCCCUCACUCCACGUGAAGAAGAUAGUGCUGGCUCUGAUCGGCUGAUACGCUUGGUGAAUCACAGCCUACGAUUGAACUACCAUGUCGGGACAGUGACGCGAGAUGCCGCCACUGAUUUUGAGGAGUGUUUACAGAUGUUCAAUAAGACACCCAAUAUGUGUAAUCAAGAGUGUCUUGAAUAUACACUUAAGACCAGAAAGUUAGUUGGAUAGGUAAAUUACGAUGGUACGAUGGCAGGUAAAUAGGCAAGUACUCCACAAGGGACGCAAUGCCUCUAAACCCGAGUCUUGUGGGGAAGAAACUGACGCACGAGCCUUGACACACACGCCUCUAUAUAUAUAUAAUCAACGACCUCACCAGCCAGGACUCGAACCCUUGACCUAAUGCAUGAGACCAGGGAACACUACCUCU